CCUAGGCAGAUAUUCUCAUUCUAGGUUAAAGCAGAAACAACAGGAAUUUGAUCAGGAUUCAAGUCAUUCAAUCAUUAAAACCUCAAUCGAAUAUAAUCAAUCACAUAAUCAGUACUUGGGUUCAUACAAUCAAAGCCUAACAUACAAAUCUAGGGUUCUCCAUACCCAGAUGAAUGGGAGAACUACUCCAUGGAGAAGAAAGCAAAAGCAGAAUCAGACACGGAAUUCAUACUGCGAAGGAUGGAUUCCUGCUUCUGGACGCUGAUCGGCACUUCUCCAAGCUCAAGCUGGCCUCCAAUGGUGUUGAAGAUCAAUCUAGGGCACUUGGGAACUCUUGCUCGUCACUUUCUCUCUCUAGGAACUGAUCUCUCUCUCAAAAACUCGAAUCCCCCCGAAUUGUGGCUGAAAUUCUGCUUAAAAGGAGAAAAUCCCGACUCACACAGGCAGGGUGCACGGCCGUGCAUAUCACCAUUCUGGCCGUGCAACUCAAAACGCAGCGUGUCAUUUAGUCGAACUUCAGCCCUCUCGCACGGCCAGGGUGCACGGCCGUGCGAGCUUCAGGGGUUGCCCGUGCGUGUCCUCGGCAUAAGGCGCACGGCCAUAUUGCUCACGUGCACGGCCGUGCAGACUCCCUGGUCUGCCCGUGCAGCUCCCCAAAAACCUCGCCAUUCGUCCGUUCUUCGUCCAAUCGACCCCAGACUCGCUCCUAAGCCUUCAUUCACGUACUAGGACCUGAAACAUCACAAACAAGCACAACCUAGCGUGAAAUUGGUCUAAAACACGAGAAAUCACAUCUCAAACGGUGUAAGAACAGGGGUAAAAACAUGUGUAAUUAACGGUCUAUCAAACUCCCCCACACUUAACCGUUUGCUUGUCCCCAAGCAAACCUAACUCAAACCAAUGCAACUCUCCAGACCUCCAUAGCAACAAACAACCCAGAUCGUAGGUAGAGGACUUCCUAGAUCAUUUAGCAACUUACGAGGUCAACCGACGCACAAGUCAUCUCAUAACUUCUUCGGCGAGUCGGCAUCAUGGCAAAUAGUGAACAGAGGGCAAAUGAAUUGUGGAUGAAGAG